AGAAUCUUCUCACCGUCAGUCAGCUGAACUCACAUCUCCUGCCAACAUGUCCUACAGCUGCUGCUCUGGAAACUUCUCCUCCCGCUCCUUUGGGGGAUACCUGCGCUACCCCAGCUCCUCCUGUGGCUCAUCCCACCCCAGCAACCUGGUCUACUGCACUGAUGUCUGCUCUCCCAGCACCUGCCAGGUGGGCUCCUCCCUCCACAGUGGCUGUCAGGAGACCUGCUGUGAACCUACCAGCUGCCAGACAUCCUGUGUGGUGUCCAGACCUUGCCCGACGUCCUGCUACCGCCCGAGGACCUCCACGCUCUGCAGUCCCUGCCAGACGACUUGCUCUGGGUCUCUGGGUUUUGGGACCAGCAGCUGCCAUUCCCUGGGCUAUGGAUCCAGAAGCUGCUACUCAGUGGGCUGUGGAUCCAAGGGUUUCAGAUCCCUGGGUUCUGGAGUCUGUGGCUUCCCUUCCCUGAGCUAUGGAUCCAGAUUCUGCCGCCCAACCUUCUUCACCUCCAGGAGCUGUCAGUCAUCCUGUUACAGACCAACAUGUGGAUCUGGCUUCUAUAGAUCCACUUGUUGAGGGUCCAGACAUUUUGAGCAAUAUGUCUAACCUCUAAACAGAGAGUUUAUCAUCUUUA